AUGGCUGGGCGAUCCAGCCAACGAAAAAAGAAACGAGGUCGCAAGUCGCCAGCACUUUCUCAACCAGUUGCUAAAUCUGGUUGGAAACCCGCAAAGGGUAGACACAGGUCGAUCAAGGAAUCAGUUGCCGCAAACGAGAUCGAAUCGGUAUCUAUUUUGCCACCAGCAUCAGAAGGCGCUCCUACCAUGGCAAAUGUUACUCUAAUCAAUGGCACACAACUGAUUUUAGAUCCAAGGGAAUUUCAUCAACGGACGGAUCAAUCCAUGUGGCUGGCAAUGAGGAAAACGCUUGAUGUGACAGCAUCUGAAUUCAGCCCAGUUCUGAAUAACUCAUUCUUCACCUCACGCGAAAAGCUCCUGGAUAUCAAGCAGGGCAAUGUCAAACCUUUUUCAGGGAACUCUGCAGCUUGUAAGUGGGGAUUGAAGAUGGAGCCUCUUGCCUUUCAACAAUAUGUACGAGUCACCGGCAAUACAGUCAAUGAAACAGGACUUCACAUCAUGCAAGAACCAGAAUCGUCUCGCUUCUUUGGCGCAUCUCCCGAUGGUCUGGUGGUCGAUGCGAACGAUCAAUCGGAGGGAUUACUAGAAAUCAAAUGUCUGUGGGGAAGGCGCAACCAGAAAGAGCUUUCAAUCUUUGAACAUUGUCCAAAUCGCUUCUUUGAUCAAAUCCAAGGCCAACUAGCUAUCUGUGACAGAGAGUGGUGUGAUUUGAUGAUCUAUAUUCCUCCCAAAGGCAAGAGUAGAAAUCAUUGCAUUCUGAGGAUACCGCGGGAUAGAGAGUAUUGGUCCGAAACUAUGUUGCCAGCUUUGAAGGAAUUCUGCGAUGAUGUCGAAAAGAUGCCAAUCGAAGAAACUGCAACCGAUUCUUAG